GUUGGAAUUGGACUACACUGAGUCGUGGGUUAACCAAACUUCAAAUGGUUCACCUGUAGGUUGUGGUAGUUUUGAUGUCAAUUUCAUGGAAGAAACAAACGAGUUGCGUGAAGUUGCUUUGCUCCCUCUUCUGGCAGCGUCGGCGUCUCAUUACGUCACCGACGCACACACGCACGUAGUUUAGUGAUGUAAAUACUGUUCGUCACACAUACACAAACGUCAAACGCCCGUAUAUACAAUAUACACACACAUACACAUUGGAUCUAGUCAUUUCGUAUACUUUCCGAAAAUCUUUUCGCUGCGUCUCCAAUCUCCAUUAUUCAUCGUCGCCACAGUUUCAUUUGUACUCGUUUUACGAUUCCCUCUCUGUUGUUUUGACUCCGCCAUUUGGUAAGUUAUCUUAUUACCUUCGAUUAUUGUAUAUCUGUACUCCAAACGUAAAACCAGCCGAUAUAUCGCCGCCAUUCGUCGUUUCCGUAGCAAUACCGUCGCCAUCGCAUUCUUUCGCAGCUUGUCCAAUCCGUAUGACGUGGUGGUGCCCGGUGUAGAACACACGACCACAACAGAAUAACUACAAAAAUAUUUGACCUCAUAACCGUGUAAACGAGAAAUGCGAGAUUUUGACCACAAACGGGGCAGACAAUUGGUUGACUGUACCACUGAAGACGACACUGUUACUGAAGACUCAGCCGGUUUGUAUUGCGCGCGCUGUUUUACUGUAGGUACCUUAGUAUAUACACAUUUCACUGAACUCCCGCGUAUUCUCCGAAAAAAAUAUGGCUAGUUUUUAUUAUUAAUGUAUUCGUAUCUCUCAUAUUAGUCUUUAUUUGCUUUCCUUAAAAUGUGUGUUGGUUAAUCAUUUAAUCCAGCCAUAAAUAAUUUGAUUUAUGAAUCCAACCAAUCCAAACAUUAUUGACUUGUUUUUUCUCCAUGUGCAUUUAAUCUUCAGCGAUUAUAUAAUAUAAUCACUCACUGUCAAAAAUAACAUUUUAAUAAGAUAAAUGUAUAUUCUCGUACACUACUAACUCCAUUUUAAGUCUAUUUAAUAUGUAUUAUAUUUAGAUACGCAGGUAUCUAAGGCUGAGUAUAUACCAAACAAGCAAAAUUGUUUUGAAACUACUAAAAUAGAACUAUCCAGUUAUAUUUUUGCUUUGCAUAAUUAUCUAAUAUAAUUGAUGUUAAUUUAUGUUUUAAACUGCAAUAACAUCAAAUAAAAAAAUAUAUUUGUUCAAUAUUGUAAUUUGUGACUAAAUGGAAAGAUUUUAAAUUGUAUAAAAACAUAAAUGUUUUGUUUUGUCUGUUGCAUCAGUUUUUGAGUUUUCGAAUAAUUUAAUAAAUACAUCUAUUUAAAAUUAGGUCUUUUUGUCCAUUAUAUCAAAUACUCUAUACCUAUUCAUAUGGCGUAAAAGUUUGAUGGUCUUUGUUGAGUGUUCAAAUAUUAUGAAACUGUUGGUCAUGUGAUACAGCUAUUAAUUUAACCAAUGUAUUCUUAGGUAUCUUCCUAACCAAUAGUAAGAAUAAUAUUUGAAAAUUGUAUUUUAUUUAUGCAUCUUUAUUUGUAUAUAUUUUAUAAUGAAUUUGCUGUAGGUAUAGAUACCUACUAGACCUACUAGAGCCCUGCAAAGGUUUCAAAAUUAUAGAUUCUAUAUCCAAUUUUAUAAAUUCGGCUUAAUUUAAUCUACUUUAGUGAAAUAUUUUGGACAUAAGUCUAGUUUAGAGCCUACGCUCUUUUUAGACAAUUUUAUUUUUUAAGUAUGUGAUUUUACGUGUGCAUUAAAAGUAUAAAAAAAAAAUCAAGGUGAACAAACUUUGUUUUGAAGUUAUGAGGGAAAACUUCAUAAAGUUCGGAUUUUCUGUUUUGUGUUUCUUAUUAAAAUUUAAAAUUUUCAAAUUUUUUUUUCAAAAUAUGUGUUUUUAAUGCUUAAUUCAUUAGUAUAAUCAAAACUAACCUUUUAUACUUUUAUAGUUUUUGUACAUAAAACUUAGUAGCAUUUUUGAAAUUCAUCCAAAAUGUGGUUGAAAAUUGACAUUAUUUUAUUGUUAUUAUUUGUAUUUAUUAAGAUUUUGAUAACAAAGUUUUUUUUUUAUUGAAGUUAGAAUAAGGCUAUCUGGCUUAGUUUUAGAGUUACAAACAUUCAAACAUUAAGUGUUACGCUGCACUCACUCAGACAAUUUUAAUUGAAAAUAACAAUCAAUUUUUCAUUUUGCCUUGUUACGUACCCGACAUGGUUUUGCACAACAAAUCGAGGGUUAUUUUCGAUUAAAAUUGUUUGAGUGAAUGCAGUGUAACGCUUAGUGUUUAAACGUUUGUAACACUACAACUGAGCCAGAUAGCCUUAUUUUGACUUCAAUAGAAAACUGUUAUCAAAAUCUCAAUAAUUACAAAUAAUAAUAAAAAAAAAGUCUCUAAGUUUGGAUGAAUCCAAAAAUUUUAUUUUUCACGGUUAGGUUAGUAUGAUAGGUAAGUUUUGAUUAUACCAAUGGAUUAAGCUUUAAAAAACAUACAUUUUUGAAGAAAAAAAAAUUGCAUGGGCGCCAAACUAGAUUUGCUCCAUAUUCCGCUCGACCAGUCCAAUUUAGUCAAAUAUUUAAUCUAGUUAACUUAGUAAAAUAUUUAUUACUUAUAUUUUAUAUUUGUUUUCUCUUUUUGUUUAACAAGAUUUUUGAAUUUGAUUAUAUGAUAUUUCAGUAUAAUUUGGUAUAAUUGUUGUUAUUAUUUGAACUAACCGCUCAAAUCCUGUAAAUAGUAAUAAAAAUAGAAUCUUGUUUCAAUCUGUUUGUGAAGUUAUGACCAGCAAUGUCAUAUAAUUUGUCUAUAAUAUUGUCAAAUAUAGCAACUUUAUGAUAAUGAAACUACCUAAUACCUAUUUUCUAUUAAAUUUGAAUGUAAUACAUAUACAUUCUGUAAUCAAUUUAUUUCAAUAUUUUAAGUGGGGAUGUGCCUGUGUGCCCCAUAGAACGGAUGGCUCGGUCCUAAUAAUAUAUAAUACCUAGCUCAGGCAGGCCCAGCCCAUCUACUGCCAACUGCUUAGCUUGUUGCGUGCAGAGCUCUAGUACCUACAUACUUGUUUUUCCCUUUCAGGAUAGAUAAUGGUAAAUUGUUUUUCAAAAACCACAUUGAUUUUGAAUUUAUUUAUAUCUACUAGUUAAAUUUUAAAUAUUUUAAAUUAAGUAUGCCUAGAAUAUAUAGUGUAAUAUAUUUUAGUUAUCUAUAUAGUUCUAAAUACCCAGUAGUUAUUUUGUUCAUUUUAAUGGCUGUGUCUCCAUCAUUGGGUGCUUGAGUAGACUAUUAGGAAUAUGGUGCCUAGUGUCACCAUUACUAUAAAUUCAGCUGUGGAAUAAAUUUUUUAGAGCACUGGGUAAUUACCACUCAAUUUUCUUCAAUAGUUAAUGUAGAAAUAUUUAAAUACCUUUGAAAUAAUUCAACACAACAAUUUUUAAGUUUAUUUCUAAUUUAUUUAUCUUCAAAAAUAUUUCUGUAACUUAAAUUAAAACAAAGUGAUAUGAAGGUGCUCGAUGUUCUUAGUUCAAAACUUGUCUGUUGGCUGGAGUUCUUUUAUAUUAUCCUUCUAUUUUCUAGGCUCAGCUUAUUUUUAAUAAUUUACGUAGCCUUGUAUAGAAAUUAAAAAUAAGGAGAUACGGUCACAACCCCUUAUUCGUCAUAAUUAUUUUCUUGGAAUAGUUAUAUUAUCAAAAUGUAGCUUUAGGCAAUAUUCAGGUUAUAGCUCUUAGUCUGGUUUAACAGGUUAAAUACCUACUGGUUAAUUUAACCUUUUUAACUUAUACUAAUAUAACUUUUUAACACUAAUUAUUUAUUUAAUAUUUAUUUGUUUUAUAAGCAACCAUAGUGAUAGAAUCAAACUCAACAACAACCACGGUAAUAAUAUAAUACCCAUGAUAAUACAUUAUUCUAAGACAAUAAUAAUAUAUAUCCAUAGGAAAAUUAGUUGACCGGGCGCCCAGUUCGCUAUUAUCCACCCAAGCGCCCGGUGACGGAGACAAAGCCAAUUUGAACUUAUGUUUAUAUUAAAAAUUAAUUUGUGAAACACAAUUUAUACUUUUAGUAAAAGAAAAAAUGCCGUCCGAUACUGAAAGUAACACAAGCUUUAACAACAGCAGUGUACGGACUUUUAAGAUUUUCAUUGGAAAUCUUUCUGAAAAAACCACAGCUAAUGAUAUUAGACCACUAUUUGAGAAAUAUGGAAAAGUUGUUGAAUGCGAUGUUAUGAAAAAUUUUGGGUUUGUUGUAAGUAUUUGUAAAUAAUAUAGCUUUAAACUUUGUAUUGUAAUUUUUUAAAUUUUUUUAAAAAAUCAAAUUUUCUUUUCUUUUGUGCAUACUAUUAUGUUUACAUUAAACAUUUUAUUAUUAUAUUUUUAUCUUACAUAUGUAACAAUUUGAAAUAGUCAUCAUCUUUAUUAUUUUUAUAUUUUAAAGAGAUGAAUGUAUUAUACAUUUUUUAUUCACAUCUAAACUCUUGUAUAACCAUUUCUAGCAUAUGGACGAUGAUAAUACUGGGCGUGCAGCUAUUAAAGCUUUGAAUGGUUCUAUGGUUAAUGAAUUGGCUAUGAAAGUUGAAGCUGCCACAAGUCGCCGUGGUCCUAAUACUCCAACUACAAAAAUUUUUGUUGGUAAUCUCUCUGAAACAACAAAAGCCAAUGAAGUACGCGAAUUAUUUGCUAGGUACGGAACUGUUGUAGAAUGUGAUAUUGUGAGGACUUAUGGUUUUGUGGUAAGUCAUUUCCAUUUUAAAUAAUAAGUAUUUUUUUUUAAUUUCAAAUUAAUUAUUAAGUAGUAGGCCUAAUGUAUGCAAUUUAAUGUAAUAAUUAUUGAAGAAUCAUUUUUGAUGACAAGUAUUUAACAGGUUAUUUAAACAUUUAAUUUGGCUGGUUCUCUGUACAAUUUUGACUACUUUAUACCAGGGAUUGUUUAUAAUUAUAAAUUCAUAAUUAUCCAAGACAAUAUUAAAAAAAAAUCUGAUAAUUAUUUCUAAAAGUAAACAAAAUUACCCAAAAUUAAAUUAGACAGUUAUUAGUUCUUAACAAUACCUACUUUAACACCUUAUGCAUUUUUUGUUUUUUCUUUAAAUCGAUUAAUAACAAGAUUAAUAAUUAAUAAUUGAUAAUUACUGAUACCUGCUUUAUACCUUUUAAUCAUUAUUUAAAAAAAUGCUUUAAUAAUGUCUUCUCAAUUAUUAAAUAAUAUAUUUUUUAUUAUCAGAUAAAAUCUCGUUUUUUUUUUUUUAAAUUGUUUUAUCAACAAUAAUAUUGCAUUUCAAAUUGUAGUCUUUAGGUCAUGGUUAUACAUAUAUUAGGCUUACUCCAUUAAUUUAUUGAUGAUUACUAAUAUUAUUAAGUAUUCUGUUUAUUUUCUUAUUAUUUUAAAAUAUUAACAAUAUUUGGUGUUUGACCAAAUACUAAUUAAGUGUGAUAAUAUUUCAUAAGUAAAACUUUAGAUGAAGAUGAUCUUGAGUAUUUUGGUACACAAGUGUGUUUACUUGUCAAAAUAAAUAAAUGGUAAAUUUUUACUUUGCCUUGUUAUUCAAAUAACAAAUUGAUCUAUUAUUUUAUAACUUUACAAUAUUAAAUGAAUUGGGUUUUUAAUUAUCUACUUAAAUCAUAGGCAAUAAGAUUUUAACAAAUAUUUGUCCAUUCUGCACCAUUUCAUAAUAUAAUCUAUGACAAAUCCGCAUUUACCUUAUAGGCUUAUAGGUCACUUAUAAGCUAGAUUUAUUGUACCUGGUAUGACAGCUGACAACCAAAUAAAUAUUGUAACAUUCCUAGUUAAAAUGCUAAAAGUUACUACUAAAAUAUUGAAUAUUAAUUUUAUUUAUGUAAAUAUAAUGUAUUUAUUUUAAUUUUAGCAUAUUGAUUCAACUGAUGUAAGCAGACUUAUUAAAGAUUUAAAUGGACAUAUGUUAGAUGGUCAACCAAUCAAGGUGCAAAUUUCAAAUAGCCGUGUUCGUCAAAGACCUGGAAUGGGCAUGCCAGAACAGUGUUAUAGGUGAAUAUAUUUAUUAUUAUGUUUUAUCUUAUUGUGUAGUUUAAAGAAAAUGUGUUUAGAAGUAAUUUGCUAGUCACAUAUUUUGUUUGAUUUUGUUAAAUAAAAAUGAAAUGAACUUUCAUAAAAAUAAAAUGGGAAUUUUAUUCAGGUGCGGCAAGGGUGGCCAUUGGUCUCGGGAGUGCAGUCGUGAAGGGUGAGCCUUACAACUUAUUUCGCACAUUGUUCUUUAACUUAUUGUCAUCAUAACGGAAUAUAGAAUUUGUAUUUAAUAUAUUAUUUUUGUCAUUUUUAGAUAUGGUGGUUAUGGAAGAGAUGCUCUACCACCCCUUCCACCACCUCGAGCCCUUCUUUAUCCACCACCACCACCACCAUCUUUUGUUCGCGAUCGUAUUCUUGGUUCUUAUGGUACUGGUUUGAAAACUGAUUUAACAAGAGUAAGUAGUAUUUAUUAUAUAUCUAACUAUAAGGUUUGGCUUUUAAAGAAAACUAGUGCUAGUGUAGAAAUGUUCUUGAGUGGCCAGUGGUUCUUAGUAUUGCACUGAUAAAAAGAAUUCUGUAUGUGUUAAAAAUUAUAAUCUAAACUAUAUUAUGAGAAAUUACUAAUGAAUAACAAUACUUAUAAUUUUAUUUUAGAAUAACAGUUCACAUAAUUAUUAAAAAUGUAUUACAAAUGCAUCUAUGGAACAUAAGGUGGUUAAUUUUAUAAUGGCCUUUCUAUGACUUAAUUUUUAACAUUUUUUGAAAUAAUUCAAACAAUUUUAUUUACUGGUAUGCAUGAUGUAAUUAUUUCAGAUGGAUGAUUAUUCAAUGUUGUCACAUUCUGAACUUGGUGGUCACAUGUAUGAAGUAAGUGUUGGAAAGUUAAUUUUAAACAAUAUUUUACAAUUUAUGGUAUACACAUUUUUAUUUUUAGACUGAGGGUUUGUAUGAUCGUUACUAUGAUCGUAGUCUUAUGCGAACAGCUGCUGAUGGUUAUGGUAUGGAAAGAAGAAUGCCAAGAAUGCCAUCUAGCCGUGAUUACUUAUCUUCAUCUACACGUAUUGGUACUACAAUGCGUGACCCUGAUUAUGUAUUUACACGUCGUUCACCAUUGUCUACCAGUCGUGCAUCGUAAGUAUUAAAUCAAAUUGUGUGUAUAGAAAAUAUAUAUUUUCUUUUUUAUAAAAAUCAAUUUCUUUAAUAGUUCAACUCAUGCAUAUGAUGAUUUCUCUAGGGAUUCAUAUGAUGAACGCCGGUAAGUAACAACUUUUGUAAUUUAAUUUGCUACUAGUCAUAAAAGCUUUAUUAAUCGUUAUAAAUAAAUUAUUAUAAAUUAGUUAAAAUUAUCAGGGUUGUAACAUAUAGUAUUAUAAUAAAUAGUAUUAUGUACUAUAAAUUUAAAAGUAAAUGGCAUUGUAAACCAAAAAAAUACAAUCUUAUAUAAUAUAGUUACUAAUUAUAUUGUUUAUGAAUUCAAUUUUUAUUUUUAUUAUUUUUAAAACUUUAAUACCAAAAUAAAAAUGAACUAACUUUUAGUCAUAACUCAUUUAAUUUAAGAACUAACAGUUGUUUUAAAUUUUUUAUUAGAAUUGAUUAGACUAAUCUUUUGGAGUCACUGAUAGAUAGUACCUAUGUAGGUCCAAAAAUAUUUUUAAUAAAAAGUUCAAAUUAUAUAUUAUAUAUUUAUAUUUUAUGUAUAACAUAUACUAUUAUAUGAAUAACUUAUAAAAUAUAGAUACAUAUAUAUUGACAACCCUGAAAAUGAUAAAUUUAGAUUUUUUUUCCAAAUGAACGAAUAAACUUGUGUUGUUAAUUUAAUUUAAAUUUAAUGAAUUGAUAUUUCUUUGAUAUUACUUUUCCAGGAAAAUUAAUUCCCUUAAAUAAUAUGUUUAUACUCUAUUCGGAAUAAAAACAGUAGUCAGUGGCCGAGUUGUGCGCUUGGGCGUGACUUUAUCUAUGCCUACGGAGCGCUGGCUUUACCAUCCCAGUGAGCGAGUAUAAUAAGAAUGGGCGUGGUUAUGACCUUUGGCAAUGAAAACUCGUUGCCACCAACUACUGUUACUAUUCCAAAUAGAUUAUAGAUUUAUUUUUUAAACAACAUUUAUUUGUUCAUAAGGUUAUGUCUACCCAUUACAUAAUUUGCAUGCAAUUAUACUAACAAAUUAUAAGUUAUAAGUGUUUAUCAUAUUUUUAACUUAAAGGUGAUAUGAAAUCCAAGUUUUUUAUUUCCAGUUACUAUAUAUUGUAGUUUUUAUAUUAUAUGUAUAGAUUGUGUUUCCAUAAGAAGUUUUGAACCAGUUAUUUUUAGUGGUUCAAUAAUCUGCAAAAUACACACUAAAAUUCUCUAUCACACAAUAGUUUAAAUUGUCUUCAUUAGAGAUAUCAAUGGUUAAAAUCUAUCAUUGGAAACUACACAAUCAAAUUGUAUUUAUUCGGAGUGUUUUUUUUUACUAUAUUACAUCAUGAAUAUAUAUGUUCAUGCAUUGAUGUGUUUAAAGGUAAAAUAAAAAAUGUCAUUCUUACUUGGUUGAUUACAAAGGUUCAAUAAGCAUUUUAUUAUUUUUAUUAUUGCAUUUGUAAAUUUAUUUAAGUAAUAGUUCAAAAUUAAAGUUAUAAAGCUUGUUCCUUAAAUUUUAUAGUUUUUCGCGAUUUUAAGAGAUUAACUAAAUUAUUUGGAAAAUUUACAGCUAAAAUGUAUUGAUUGAGUAUUUUUAAUGUCUAUAUAUUGUUUGAAAUAAUAAAAACAAAAUCCACAUUUUUAUAUCCCUUGCACUAAUAAUAAUAGUACUUAUUUAUAAUAUAACUUAUAUACUUUAAAAUUUGAUUUUUAUAUUUAAAUAAAUAAAAGUUGUUUUGUUAAAGACAUUUUAAAAAAUCAAUUUUUAUUCUAAUGAUUCAUAAUAAAAAUAAGCAUGAAAUUAAUUAAUAUUUUACUUGCAAAAAAAAAAAAUUAACAAUUUGGAUUUUGUAUUAUUAAUAUAUAUGUUCAAUUUUGCAUGUUUUUUAUACCUUAAAUUAUUAUAUUUUUUUUACGUGUGUAUGUUUAAGUAUGUAUAAAUAUCAAUGUAUUUGGUUAAUCCCCGAUUAUGUUUUUCUUUUUCCGUCAGAGUUUCGGGAUCUCGCGGUUCGUCGCGUUACACGCCGUAUUAAAAAAAAACCGUGUAAAUAUUAUCGUGCCGCCGCCGUAUAUUCGCGUCGCCGGAUCGGAUAAACGUACACUCACACAUGGCCGAUCGUCAACAAUUUUUUAUUUAAAUCGACCCAAGUUUUUAAGGAGCCAAAAUUACAUUUACAAUUUACAAAAUCUUUUAUAAGAUUAUUUGUCUACAUAGGUUUUUUUUUUAGGUUUAAACAAAUUUUAUUUCUUAGUGUCACAAAUUACAAUUUUUUUUUUUAUACAUAUAUAUUUAUAUAUAAUUAAACUUAGGCAUUAGACAUAACAGAUUAACUUUAUCUGGGCUCUUAAGAUUAUUAUUUUUGAUUCAUACUUUUUACCUUAGUUGUAAAAAUUAAAUAAUUUUCUAGAAUUAUAUGAUUCAAACACUAUGUUUGUUUCUAUUAUUUCAAUCAUAUAAUAUUAAAACAAAUUUCUGAAAUUUCUUUUUGUCGAGUUAUUAAACAAAAUUUUCCUUAAAAACAUAGCGUAUAGUGUUAACCUUUGUAGUUAAAGGUUUUUACAGCUAGGUUAAUGUAUUUAUUAAACUUACUAAAAAUAUGAAUAUUAAUAAUUGUAAGCCCAAAUAAUCUUAUGACAACAAUACUUUGUAAUUCUCAUUGUAAUAAAUAAAUUAUAAUAAAAUAAAAAUAAGUAAAAUAAAUACUAUCUAAUUUUGUAGUCCCUUUAUACUUUUAUAUACUACCUAGUUAAGUGUUUUUUUAGUUACAAAUCGUUACAGCCGACCGAUCUCGUAGUUCGCCGAAAACGUGAUAUAUUCGUACACUGUUCUGUGCGUACAAUGUUCCGAGGACUAUUCGAACGAAGCCGAUACGUUUGCGAUUCGUGUAAAAUACUCAUUUUUAGGUAAACAAACAUUCAAUUCAUUUAAUUUGUUCGUCUGUGUGUGUUUCAAAAUCAUUGGAUUGAAACAGGCCACUCAUUUACUUAAAGAAAACUUAGUCGUCGUCGAUAAAAUGUGCUAUGAAUAUUAAAGAAGAAAUGGCCAUUAUCAAUCUGCAAUUAAUGAUUGUGAUAUCAGUCAUAUCAAUCAUAUGUGGAUGA